UCUUUGAUUGAUUAUCAAAUUGAUGAUUCUGUUAUUUUGAAACCUUUGAGGAUAGUAAAGAAACGCAUAGUUAAUUAUGUUGACUCUUUUGAAGUUGAAUGGGAAAGAUUAGGAUUUGAUAAAUGGUCUGGACAGAAAAAUAUUCCUCAUCUCAAUGAUGAAAAUGUCAAGAAUAAUAUGAAUAUUUCUGUGAAUUGUAAUUAUUAUUUUUCUGUACCUCAAGUUGAAUUUCGUAGAGUUCAUAGUGACAUUUGUUCUGUGUUCGAAAAUUCCGCAAGUCAAAUUUUACUGCAAAAGAAAAAAACAAAGUCUCAAUUAUCUAAAGUUGAUAAAAAUCAACUUGCCAUAGACGAAGCAUUCAAAAGUCUAAGUAUAUCAACCAAUAAAGUAAAUAAGAAUAAAUCAGAGAAAGGCGGAAAUCCUGCUGUUUUGACUUCACUUACUAAUCUAAUCAGACAUCCAGUGUGGGAGUCGGAUGCUUCCAGCAUCGAUGAAAAUGAACAUGUGUAA